GUGCUGGUGACCACGUGGUUUAAUGAGAUGAUCAGCUGACUCUGUCGGAGGAGGAAGAGGGAUGAAGAUGGAAGGAAACAGAGACGAAGCUGAAAAAUGUAUUAAUAUAGCGACCAAAUCCCUUAAUGUCGGAGAUAAAGAGAAAGCGUUGAAGUUUCUCAACAAAGCAGAGAAGCUUUAUCCAACUACCAGAGCAAAAGCUUUGUUGGACGCAUUAACUAAGAAUGGGAGCUCAGCAGGUAACGGUGCAUUUCGCAGGAGGACAGCAGACGGCUCAGAAAGCACCGGAGCUCAGCCGGAGAGGGACGGCCAAGAGUCCGGAGGGGGAGACCUUAAAGCCUUCACCAAAGAGCAGGUGGAAGGUGUGCAAAGAAUAAAGCGGUGUAAGGACUACUAUGAAGUGCUGGGUGUCAAUAAAGAAGUCAAUGAGGAUGAGCUAAAGAAGGCCUACAGGAAACUAGCGCUCAAGUUCCAUCCAGACAAAAACCAUGCACCUGGAGCGACAGAGGCCUUUAAAAAGAUUGGUAAUUCAUACGCAGUGCUCAGUAACCCAGACAAACGACGGCAGUACGACCUGACGGGAGGAGAGGAGCCCAGCAGCCCGGGUAACUCUCAUGGAGGAGGGGGAGGGGGGGGCUUCGACUUCCACCGGGGCUUCGAGGCCGACAUCACUCCUGAGGACCUCUUCAACAUGUUCUUUGGAGGUGGCUUCCCCUCCUCAAGUGCACACACCUUCACCAACAGCAGAACGAGCUACAGCAAUCAGACGGAUUCCCGACAAGAGAGAACAGAAGAACGGGCAGAUGGUGGUUUCUCUAUGUUCAUCCAGCUGAUGCCCAUCGUGGUCCUGAUUUUAGUGUCAAUACUGAGCCAGAUGAUGGUGUCCCCUCCACCCUUCAGCCUCUACUCUAGACCGUCCACGGGUCAGACAAUCAAACGGCAGACAGAGAACCUGCAUGUGGAUUACUACGUCGCUAGAGAUUUCAAGUCGGAGUUUAGGGGCUCAGCGCUGCACCAGAUUGAGAAAAAUGUGGAGGAGGAUUAUGUAUCUAACGUCAGAAAUAACUGUUGGAAGGAGAGACAGACAAAAACAGACCUGCUGUAUGCUGCGAAGGUGUACAGGGACGACCGGAUGCGCAAGAAGGCAGAACUUAUGACCAUGGAUAACUGCAGGGAGCUGGAUAGACUAAAUAACUUAUUCAGAGGAGGAUGAGUUUGUGACUUUUAGAUGAUGUAAAUGUAUAUGAAUAGAUGUUUAUGUUCAUGUUUUUCUAAGGAAGAGUCUUUACACUAGGAGCAAAAACGUACUGAAAUAAUUUAGCUCUAAUGUUGAAGUUUUAAAAUGUCCCUCUCCUCAUAUCCCUACACCAACUUCCUCAUUCCAGCCUGACCCCAGGAAACGCCUUUAAACGCAUCUUAUUGAACCAAUCCACACUUCUACUGCAGUAGAACGCCCCAGACCUUUGUUGUUGUUUUUUUACUCUGUUUUUCUUGCAUUUUCCUGGAAACAAGGUGGACAAGGACACUUGAUUGUAACGGCAUGUGCUUUGAGUAGUGAGAACCCAAACAAACCACUGUCAUAAAAUCAACAAACGGCUUUCAACAUCAUCUGCUUGACGUAAAUAUAAGAUGAGAGACUUUAUGGCUUCAUUUAGGGGUGCUGUCCACCAGGCAUUUUGUGAAGAACACAGGAACAAAAGAAGAAAUUAAAAAAACACAACGCUUCUUCUAGCUUCCUACUCACCUCCGAGUGCGGAUGAAGAUCAAUGGAUCAUGAAGAGAUACCUGUGAUUUUGCUACUAUAGAAUAUUUUAUGUCUUCAUCCUCAAAAUGUGUAGUUGGUUGGGACUAAUCACAGAAGGACAUUGAAACUGUUAUUCAUAAAUGGUUGUACAUUUUCAUUUUUGAAUGUUUGAAGUUUAUGCAGUUAUUUAAGAAACUAUGGAAGAAACAAAGAUUUUCUUCAUUGCUCGCCUAAUCAUUUAAAUAAAGUAAAAUUAUUACCAUA